UUUUUUUUUUUUUUUUUUUUGGACACACACAUGUGGGUGAUUUAUGUGUUUUUAUCGCUUCUCUGUUAAUACGAGCACCGUCUAAACAGCUAAAUGAUCCACGGGACAAAUCCCCCGGUGAAGACAUCAAAACAAGCGGGGAUUUGAGCUCUUAUAGCGGGGAAUAAGCCGAUAAGUCUAAAACACACUCAACUGUAUUAAUUCCGUGCUUCGAUCGGUCCAGAUGAAGAUGAGGGAUCGCAGGGCGCAGUUGAACCGGGACUCAGCCGCAGCACGCAGGGACCACGGGGCCGUUUUACCGUGAACACAGACACAUUCACCGGGGACCAGAAAGUCUUUCUGCUGGUCAGGAAUCCACCACACCACCACCACCACCACCACCUCCUCCAUCUUCAUCUGCAUCCUCCUCUUCAUCUUGCCGGGUGUUGGACGCCGGAGCCUGGGAACUCACAGCACGGGGAGGGGGAGCUUGUGACAGCGGUGAACUCUCGGAUCUUCUGGGAGGGGGGGAGAAAGCUCGGAGCUGCCGGUGCUGAAUCCCGGUCCCUCUCCACCUGGACCUCCUCUUCCCCAAGAGAGUUGCAGAAAGCGAAAGCACCAAAGCGAAUGCGUUCCCCCUCUCUUCUCUCCCGCGGGAUGAAACCGGGAAUUAGCCGCCCCGAUGGCUCCCCGGAGCGUGCGGAGGGACCCGCAGCGGGGAGCCGGCCGGUGAUUACAGGGAGCGGGACGACCCGGAGAGGGAGCCGGUGUCUGCCCGUGUUUCUCCUGCUCCUCCUCGGCAGCUGCUGCCACAUGUUGCACGGCCAAGAGAUGGCCCCCUACCUGCGAGGGGGUGGACCAGGGCAGCAGGUGGUGUUGGAGGGAAACAGGCUGGUGCUGACCUGCCUGGCUGGAGGCAGCUGGCCUCUGCAGUACCGCUGGACUCUCAACAACAGCAACUUCACCGACUGGACACAGCAGUUCAGGCUGUCCGUCUCGUCUCUGAAGAGGACCGACGCCGGCCUGUAUCAGUGCACAGUGAGGAACAGGAUGGGAGCGGUAAUCCACAGGAGAACAGAGGUGCAGGUGGCCUACUUAGGAAGCUUCUCCACAGAGGAGCAGAGAAAGACAGCGACUCAGGGCCGAGCAGCCAUCAUCAGCCCGCCACCCCUCGCUUCUUUCCCCCGACCCCUCGUCACAUGGUUCAAAGACGGACAGAAGAUUAUCCCCAACAACCGAAUAGCACUCACUUUGGACAAUCAGCUGGUCGUCCUGGCAACCACGGCAACGGACGCAGGACGUUACCACGUGGAGGCAGUGAACGAGAUGACGGGGGAGAACGUGACGAGUCCCGCUGUCUACCUGAGCAUCUCAGUUGGAAAGAAGAACCGUGGGUCAACAGAUCCUGAGUCAGAGCUUUUGGCUCCAGCGAUUGUGAUUGGACCUAAAGACACAACAGUGGUGGCCGGGAGUGAGGCUACACUGGAGUGCAUCGCUAAUGCCAGGCCGGUGGACAGUCUCGUGGUGUCGUGGAAACGGGAUGGGCGUCGGCUGACCAGUGGGCGUCGGCUUGUUUUUCCUGCACCCACAUCUUCCGACACCGGGCUAUAUGUUUGUGAAGCGUUGCUUAGUAACAGCUCUGCCAAACCUGCAGAGGCAAGGGCACACCUCACUGUAAUAGAGCCGCCCUCUCUGACUGCCCAGCCCAAGAGGAAGAUCUUUGCUGAGCUUGACAGGAGUGUAGAGAUCCCCUGCCUCGCUACAGGUGUGCCCCAGCCCAGGAUAGAGUGGUAUAAGGACGCAGUGCCUCUUUCCAAACUGGCGAACCCUCGAUACAAAGUCACCGCGGCGACUGGGCUGACGGUGCGCAGGGUGCAGCCUGGAGACGGAGGAAUAUUCCAGUGCUUCGCUCGCAGCGCUGCUGGAGAGACCCAGGCGCACACACAGCUCCUUGUCUCCAGUGUGGCCCCCACAUUUACUUCCCCCCCAACCGACCAAACAGUAACCGACGGCACCACGGCCUUGUUUACCUGCCAGACGAGCGGCGCUCCGAAACCUGCCAUCACCUGGAGGAAAGGAUUGCAGGUCUUAGCCAGCGGCUCAGUGCAGGUUCCCAGGUUCACGCAGCUGCAGUCAGGGGGUUUGCAGAUUCAGCCGGUCAGCUUCCAGGAUUCGGGAGAAUACACCUGCACCGCCUCCAACUCCGAGGGCACCAUCAACACCACGGCUACGCUCACCGUGUGGAGUCGAACACUCAUUUCACUGCCGCCGACAGACAAGCGUGUUAUCAAAGGAACCACUGCUGUCCUCGACUGUAAUGCCACACACGACCCCAGAGUCAACAUCAGCUUCAAGUGGGAUCGUAGCGGUUUGCCGGUCCCUCCGACCAGCGGGGGGCGCGUUUCCGUGCGCCAGGGCUCUCUGACAAUUGGCCAGACGUGGUCAGGUGACAUUGGGGACUACACCUGCACGGUGACAUCACAGGCUGGCAACGAUUCUCGCUCUGCGCGCCUUGAAGUCAUCGAGCUGCCGCACUCCCCCCGCUCCCUGACGGCCCGGCUCAAUGACUCCGACUCCCGCUCGGUCCACCUGUCCUGGCUACGCCCCUUCGAUGGAAACUCCCCUCUUCUGUAUUACCUGCUGGAGCUAUCGGAGAACAACUCCCCAUGGAAGGUGUACCUGUCAGAGGUUGAUCCAGCAGUGUCCGAGGUAUCGGUGGGCGGGCUCACACCUGCCAGGACCUAUCAGUUCAGACUCUGUGCCGUCAAUCAAGUGGGCAGGGGUCAGUACAGCGCUGAGACUCAGAGAUUGAUGCUCAGGGAGGAGGCACCCAGCGCUCCUCCAAAGAACAUUGUGGCCAGUGGGCGUACAAACCAGUCCAUCAUGGUGCAGUGGCAGCCUCCACCAGAACCUCAGCUCAACGGAGUCCUUCGAGGAUAUGUACUCAGGUACCGUCUGGCAGGGCUGCCGGGGGACUACCAGGAGAAGAACAUCAGCAGCCCAGAGACCAACUACUGUCUGCUCAAAGAUCUGAUCAUCUGGACUCAGUACCAGAUCCAGGUGGCCGCCUACACUGGAGCCGGCCUGGGUGUCUACAGCAGCCCUGUCACCGAGUACACUCUGCAGGGAGUUCCCACAGCACCUCCGCAGGAAGUGGAAGUUGUAGCUAUCAACUCGACCACCAUCCGCUUCACGUGGAACCCUCCACCUCAGCAGUUUAUUAAUGGCAUCAACCAGGGAUACAAGCUGCUGGUGUGGCCCGAGCAGUCGCCAGAGGACGUCAUUGUCGUGACCAUCACGCCGGACUACCCAGGUUCACGCCACACGGGAUUAGUCAGCGGGCUUAAGAAAUUCACCUGGUACUUCGGCGCCACCCUCUGCUUCACAACACCUGGAGACGGCCCCCGCAGCCCGCCCACCCUGCUGCAGACGCACGAGGACAAACCUGGACCUGUUCGUCAUCUGAGCUUCACUGAAAUCCUAGACACGUCCCUCAGAGUCAGCUGGGCCGAGCCCGAGGACAGGAACGGCAUUAUUAUUGGCUACGUGUUGUGGUGGGAAGUGUCUGAUAUAGAGUCGAGUCGCGAGGAACGCUCUCUCUCCAACUCCACCCUGCGGUACCAGCUGACCGGCCUCACCUCCACCACCGCAUACUCACUACAGGUGGCGGCGCUCACUGCCGCAGGAAGGGGCGUGGUCACCUCCUCCACCAUCUCCACCGGAGUCCCACCAGAACUUCCUGGAGCUCCGUCCAACUUAGUCAUCUCCAACAUCAGCCCUCGCACGGCAACACUUCGCUUCCGCCCCGGUCCUGACGGCAAGACGGCGAUAUCUCGAUGGAUUGUCGAAGGACAGGUAGUGAAGGAGGAUGGAAAAGGGGAAGCGUGGGGAGUCGUCUACCAGAAAGACAACCAGCCGGAUGCAGACACACUGGAGAUUCCCGACCUCGCUCCGUUCACUCAGUACAGGUUCAGGAUGCGUCAGGUGAACAUUGUGGGAGCCAGUCCCAUGAGCGCCCCCUCCAGGCUGAUUCAGACCUUGCAGGCAGCACCUGACACGCACCCCUCCAACCUCACCCUGCUGUCUGCUACACAGUCCAGUCUGCGCUUCAGCUGGAUGCCUCUUCCUGAGUCUGAGUACAACAGCAGCCCAGAGACUGUGGGCUACCGGCUGCGCGUGUGGAGGACGGACGGGCAGGGGGAGGACAGAAUGGACGAUGCGGAGGGAGCAGGGGAGACUGCUGAGGCCACAAUAGAGGGCUUGAAUCCCUGGACCCAGUACCAGGUUCAGAUACAGGCCUACAACUCCAUAGGACCUGGACCCUGGAGUAACACCAUCGCUGCACAGACAGCAGAAUCUGUUCCAUCUGGAUCUCCGAGGAAUGUUAGUGCUGAGGCAGUGAGUUCCACCCAGAUCCUACUCAAAUGGUCUCCUCUCCCUCGGGCUCAGAAAAAUGGAGUCAUACUUGGAUAUAAGGUGUUCUACAGCGAGAAGGACUCUGACGUCCCCCCUGGUGUUCAGGCGACAGAAGGCGAAGGCAACGUGUCGCUGCUCCUCAGGCUUCUCCAGCGAUACACGGUGUACGUGCUGCAGGUUCUGGCCUACACACAGAUCGGCGACGGCCCUCUCAGCAACCCCAUACUGCUCCGAACCAAAGAAGACGUCCCAGGUCCCCCUGUCAGGAUGGUGUUUCCAGAGGUUCGGUUGUCAUCAGUUAGGGUGGUUUGGCAGCCGCCCACAAACCCCAACGGCAUCAUAUUAGGCUACCAGAUCUCCUACUGCCUCGACAGCAGGGAGCCUCUGCGCUGGACCACAGUGGAGGUGGGCUCCAACGCUCGCCAGUUCACCGUCACCGGACUCUCCUCGGAGCAGACCUACGUGUUCCGACUCACUGCUCGCACCGCAGUGGGCUGGGGCAAAGAACAGGAGGCCCUGGUUGUUACCACCGAACGUAGAGAGCGGCCCCAGCCACCGAGGAAAUUGUACGUUCCUCAGGACAGCGUGGAAUCUCGCCGCCUCCAUCUCCACUGGGUGACUGGAGGCUCGGGCUCUUCUCCCCUGAGGUACUUCACUGUGCAGCUCAAACAGCUGCCCAGUGGGGACUGGAACACACACAUCGCUGACAUCCCACACAACGUGACCGCCUGGAGCAUUGACAGGUUGAAGCCCUUCACAUCAUACAAGUUUCGGAUGCUGGCCACCAACGAUGUAGGGGACAGUGUCCUCAGCAAAGACACCGAGGCUGUUACAACCCUGCAGGACGUGCCCGAUGAGCCUCCAGUGAUCCUCGCGGUGAAGCCAACAACCACUACCUCAGUCCUGGUGCAGUGGAAGCAUCCCGGUGACGACGGCAUUAACGGAGUGUUGACUGGAUAUCGGCUGUACUAUAGAGAGCUUCCAGUAAACAGCUCGGCUUCCGCUGAAGCAGAAGUCCAGACCACAAAAAACACCAACACAAGUUCCCUCAUUACAACCAAAAGCACCUUCAAGACCGUCAGCAGCGCCUCGCUGACGGAGUUUGAGUUGACACAGCUAAAGAAAUUCAAACGUUACCAGAUUGUUAUGACAAGCUACAACAUCAUCGGAGAGAGUCCACCCUCCGCCCCUGUUGAGGUGUCUGUUGGAGAGGCAGCAAGAUUACGCAAAAACUACAAGACGAAUGACCACGUAGCUCGUCAGAAGGAUGCAUUGUGGGUCAGGAAGGAACUUUUGGUGCAGAUCCAGGAAUUAUUCAUCCCUGUCUUUGAGAUUAUCCACUACUGGGAGAGGGACAAGCAGAACCAGAGCGAGAAGGUGAAGGUGAUUUUUGUCCCAGACACACGUGUGCAUCUCACCAACCUGACCAGCUACACUCCGUACAUGGUCACCCUGACGGCCUUCAACACGGCUGGAGACGGACCGCCCAGUGACCCCCGCGGGGCUCGGACCCUGCAGUCUGCUCCCAGCCAGCCCAGCUACCUGUCCUUCUCCGAGGUGACGGGAGGAAGUGUCAACGCGUCCUGGGGAGCUCCUCUCACUCCUAAUGGACAGCUGGAGGGCUACAGGGUCGUCUACCAGCCCACAGCUCCUGUACAAGGGGUGAGUAAAGUUGUGACGGUCGAUGUGAAAGGCAGCUGGCAGCGAUGGCUGAAGGUUCGUGACCUGGUCAAAGGAGCAACGUACACGUUCAGCGUUCAGGCGCUCACUGUCAGCCACGGACCCCCCAUCCAGGCAAACAUCACUGCUCAGCCUGUGCAAGGCACUCCUGGGUCUCCUGUGGAAAUGUCCAUCACAAAGACGUCCUCUGAUCUAAACAUCCACUGGUCAGAGGGAGACAUCGGCGCGGCGCCCAUCACCGGAUACGUUAUCGAGGCUCGACCCUCAGAUGAGGGGGUGUGGGACUCCUUCAUCAGACCCCUCCCUCCCAGCAGCAGGACUGUGUCGGUACAGAUGGAGCGCCUGAGGUCGGGGAUCAGCUACGAGUUCAGAGUCAUCGCUGUUAAUCGCUAUGGUUACGGCCAGCCGAGUACACCCUCUGCUGCUCUCGCUGCUCUGUCGGAGCGUCCGUUCUAUGAAGAGUGGUGGUUCCUGCUGGUAAUGGCUCUGGUGGGACUCAUCCUCAUUCUGGUCUUGGUGUUCACGCUGCUGCUGCACGGACACAGCACCAAGUACAAGGCCUGUGGCACAGGGAAGCACGUGUCCACAGCCGAGGAGUCGGUGACUCUGGACAACGGGGGAUUCACAGCUCUGGAGCUCAACAGCAGAACGCUCAACACCAAGAACUCCUUCCUGAAAAAGAACGGCACCAGGUAA